CUUGAAGCGUCAGGAUGUAGCUCCGUUGGUAGCCGUGUUGGACAGGCGUAUAGUAAGACGCGAAUCCUCCCUGCCUUCAAAGUUCGCAAUGGUCAUUCGGCCAUGCUGGAAGCUUCUGCUCGAAUUGUGACUGGGAAGAUGGAGAUUGUCGGACUGCGCCCGAAUCAUUCGUUGCGAAUUCAUCCCAAGAUUGCAGAACGCCAAAUGAACCCCAGGUACCGAUAUCACGGGCGCACAGAAGGAAACGCCGCAAGAUCAGCCAAUGCAGCAUGUGUAACGCGCGGGUGUCAUGAUGCAUCCAUGCGCGGCGUCGUGUAUACCGCUCGUUCCUGUCGUCGGCGCCGCGCCACGUGUUCGACGCCCAUGCCUGCGCCUGAUCGAGCACGAGCAGGAGCACGCGCACCCUCUCCUGGCUCUUCUCCAUUCCUGUUUCAUCCUGCUCCUGCAAGCUUCACCUGUCGCACACCAAGUUCCGGCAUUUGGCAGAGGCCAGCCGCGGAGAAACCUCGUCCCAAUCGCCACUUGUUCCUCGCAAAAAGGAAUGUCGAAGGAAUGACUGCGCUCGGCAAAACAGCUUUCUGGUGCGUUUGUGUGUUCGCCCAUUUAACCGCGCCCUAUUGGCUGUUGGCGUACCAGAUGCUGCGCAAACCUUCCUCAUUCGGACCACGAGAGAGGCAAUUCUUCGUCUUGUCUUCUAUUUCUGCCCACGACGGCCCCGCAGCAAAAUGGUCAGAGCGAGGCGUCUUGAGCCUCAUCGGGCGGCUUGCGGUUAGACCUGUCCUCCGUCCGUCAUGGUCUAGCGCGAGCCGCACGACACGCAUCAUUUGCAGUCAAAUUUCUUGCUGAUCAUGCGUAGCAUGCCCUGACGUCGUAUCUGAAGAGCCAGGGGACAGGGCGCGAGAGAAGGUGGCUCUGUUCAAGAGUAUUGGUGGUCUUUGUGUCCAUAUUGACUGAUCCGUG